AUGUUUUACAGCAGAGCACUUGUACUUUCGGUUCCCUUGUUAUUUUGUUUUGUUAUACCAACAUCUACCUCAACUUCUGUGAAAGAUUUGACGAUACAUUUUGGAGGAAAUGGCGGGAUUUCGUGUGCAACAUGUACAGUAAUUAUGAGUUUGACGGAACAACUGUCAGUGAUUCAUAAUGAGACCAUUAUACAUUCCCUAGAGCGACUAUGUAAAUACCUCCCAGACAAAUAUAGACAGCAAUGUCAGAUAUUUGCGGAAUUCUUCGGGAAAAUUCUCAUAGAAAGUUUCACAAAGGAAGACAACCCUGACACAUUUUGCCAUAAGAUUCAUUUCUGCUUCACCGAACCAGGAAAACAGGAAUGCAGCAUCUUCCCCAAGCCAAAAUCUAGGAGUCCACGAAAUGUUCACACAGGAAUCCUCAAAGAAGUUUUAACUUACAAAAUGAAGCAAACUCCGUACAAGAUACACCAAGACCCUAAGAUAUGUGAAUUGCCAGGAAUUAAAGCUAUUUGUGAUUGGAUAGAAAUGAUAUUUGAGAAACAUGACCCUGCCAUUGAUUUGGAUGAUGAUAGAUUUAGCACAUAUCAGACUCUUCGGGGAAGCUCUUGGAGAGGAAAAGACUGUGAUGAUUCUCGCAAGGACAUUCACCCUGGAAGUAGACCACUCCAGGCAGAUAAAAGCAGAGACAGUAACUGUAAUGGUAUCAUGGGAAUUGAUCCGGUCAGUGGCCAGGCGUACGAGGAUCUGUACUGUAAGAAGAGUCAAGCCAGAGGCAUUGUCAUCCUUGGUGACUCCCUAAGUGCUCACUUCCAUGUUCCAAGGGAGUGGCUCAACACCACAGAAAUAUCAGCAGCAGUUUUUGAGCCAUUACCAUUCAUAUUGGAGAAUGAAUUUGAUUGGCCAGAAUUGUCUUCUGGCACAGGUUUCAUGAACAACAGCUAUUCUAACGUAAUUCAUGGCCCCAUGUAUUCUGUCUACAACUAUCUAUGGCAAAGGAAUCGUUGUAAUCACAGGGAUUACCAAAACCUCAGUGUUAAUGGUGCCAGAUCUAGUGCUAUGGCUGACACUAUAGAGAAGAGUCAUCCAGAUACGUUUGCCCACAUGACAACGCCAGACGAAAUGAAGAACAACUCCAUGAAAACUUUACAGUUUCUGGAGAAAAACCUACCCCGUGGGAGUCACGUUUUUCUGAUCGGUUUGGCCGAUGGAAGAGUCCUUUAUGACAGUCUCAAGGAUAGAAUUCACCCGAUUGGUUCCUUGAGGAAUGAUGUCACAUAUUCAAACUUCUACGAUUAUUUCAACUGCUUGGAGAUAUCUCCGUGUGUUGGAUGGAUGAAUACCAACGAGACGAUUAGAAAUAUGACAACAGAGAGAGCCAUGCAGCUAAGUAAUGUCCUGAAGGAGGUAGCACAGACCCAAGCAGACAAGUACAGCAACUUUAAAUUGGCAUACAUGGAAAACCCUAUUUUUCAAGCUAUUGAUGCUUUGAAGAAACGUGGUGGUCAAAUUUGGGAGGUGCUGGAACCUGUCGAUGGCUUUCAUUCAAAUCAGCUGGGACAAGCACUCACAGCCCAGGCAUUAUGGCAGAAUUUGGAGACCCAGUACCCUGAAGCUAUUGGUCCUAUUAACCCAUUCAAUGACAAGAUCCAUGCCAUCUUUGGAGAUCAGGGAGGCUAUUGA